AUAAGAUGUUUUGCAGCAAUAAGGUGCGAGACCUUACAGCCUCCUGAAAACGGGUUUAUCAGUGGCAUGAGUUACAAGUUUCCGAAUUAUGUUGUGUAUGCAUGUAAAGAAGGAUACAGACUUGUUGGAGCAUCAAAACGCAACUGCAAUGCAUCCGGACAAUGGAAAGAAUUAGCGCCAAAUUGUAAACGUAUUACAUGCCCAUCAAUUCAAAACCCACUAAAUGGAGAACUGGUUGGCGAUGAUUUUUCUGUAAACUCUACAGUUGAAUUUGUUUGUAAUGCCGGAUAUGCUGUGCGAGGUUCGUCUACGUCUUCCUGUCUUUUGCAAGGAUUGUGGUCACAUGACCCUCCAACAUGCGAAAAUAUAAAAUGCGCAACACCGCCUAGUCCAAAGUUUGGUAAAGUAUUUGUUUCGCAAACACAUGUCCGAAGCGUUGCUCGGUACUCUUGUUCGAUUGGGUACUGGCUCGUUGGCGUCACUCACAGACAAUGUACACAAAUCUCUCAGUUCACUGUGGAAACCACCUGGAGUGCUAAGUCUCCCAAAUGCAUUCCUGUGAGAUGUUCUACACUUCAUGCUCCACUAAACGGAAAAAUUGUUGGUGACAAUUUCUAUUAUCCACAUUUCGUGCUGUACUCGUGUGACUAUGGAUACCAGAUACGUUCUGGUAACAGCACUAGAAAAUGCAACGAAUUAGGAAAAUGGACAGGCAUUGCCCCCUUGUGCAAAGGUGUUUGUGAAGUUGCAAGAAUUAAUUGUUCAAACGCUGAGAUUUGUGUGGCUGACAGCGACGGCAGUGCAACGUGUAUAUGCAAAUCUCGGUCUGAUUGUCCAUUAGAUGUCAGACCGGUCUGCGGUUCUGAUGGGCUAACUUAUAUAAACAAGUGUUUACUGGAAGUGAAGGCAUGCCUGUUUGGGUCAGAUUCAUUGAGAAUGAUUAGUCAAGGAGCGUGUGAGUUCUCUUGUCAUGUCUGCCAUUCAAAUUCUGAUUGUGUUGAAAAUACCAAUUGCAGCUGCAAACCUCGUUUCGUUGGUGACGGAAGAGAAUGUUGUUUCGAAGAAUUGACCAACCAGAUGGCGUUACUUGGAUCUGCAGCAUGGUUCGAUUGCAAAGAAUCGUGCCAUCUUCCGUUUGGUUCUACUCAAUGGUACUUGAAUGGUCAAAUUCUAGACUACUUAGAUACUAAAUCUAGAUUUGUGGUUUCAAUAAACGGACGAGGACUUUCCAUUACAAAACUAAAGUUAGAAGAUGCUGGUGAGUAUACAUGUAGGGUGUCCAGCGACAGGCUCACUUACGAACGACACGGACAUCUGGAUGUCAUCGAUCCAAUCAACCAAUUUUCGGCAAUUUCUCAAUGCUCAUCUGAUUGUGGUAAAAGUUGUGCUAGAAAGCCAUUUGUUGCUGGAGGCGACACGAGUAGUCCUGGUGAAUUCCCAUGGCAAGCAAUGCUGUGUUCUCCUCGGUUGGGACAACAUUGUGGAGGAGUUCUCAUUUCAGAAAGAUGCGUGCUAACAGCAGCACAUUGCUUAAAGUAUCAGAGCAUUAAUAGAAAGACUAUCACAGUUUGCUUGGGCAAACAUUGUGGCAAUUGCUCCGAAUCUGAUUCUUUAUCCAAUUCCGUUUGUUUCAAUUCUUCGUCGAUAAUCAUACAUCCAGAUUUUAAUCAAACUUCUUUUGAUCACGACAUCGCAGUUUUGAAACUUGCUCGUCCGGUUAACUGCAAUUGUCGAACGAUCAUGCCAGUGUGUCUACCAGACAAGGCAAGAGAUUCUUCAUACAUCCGAGCUCAACAAAACGGCAUCGUCACUGGAUGGGGUCGCGUCAAUUCGACAGUCAGCAGAUCUAGAUGUUUACGUAAAGGCGACGUCAGAUUAAAAUCUCGCCGUCUUUGUCAAAUAAAGCAUCAAGUUUACCAAAUAACUGAAAACAUGCUGUGUGCUACUGAUUACAACGGUGCCUGUGAAGGAGACAGUGGCGGACCUCUGGUGGUAAAGAACAGAAAGUUUAGAGGUCGCUAUGUGUUGGCAGGAGUUGUGAGUUGGGGAAUCGGUUGUGGCGAAAAGACAAAGUUUGGAGUCUACACAGAUGUGAUCAGUCACCUUGACUGGAUCAAGUCUACUUGUGGCAUCAACUGAAUAUUGCAGUUUAUAGAGAUUAUCUCAUCUCUAAGGAAGACAAAGAACUUUGAGUUUUCUUUCUGUUUGUUGCAUGUUUGCAUUCUACUGUUUAGACUUAGAAAAUGUUACUGAAUCGUCAAAACAAGAAUAUAGCAAAGUAUUCACAAAGCAUA